UGGAUCGGUUUUUUCUCCUCACCCAACAAACAAGUUGAUAGGUGUUCUUGUGGUUUCCUCAAAUCAGGAAAAAUCCAAAAUUUCCAUACCAAAGAAACAGACACGUAAGCUCAAAAAUCAUCGUGUUCUUCAUUUACACGACAAUUUCCGGAGAAUUUUCGUUGUCAUGUUCAAUCCGGUCGCCUUCAAAUAAAGAAAUACCUCCAAAGAUGCCGUCUUUAUACACGAAGAAAAGAUUCAGAAGAGCAACAACGAAAUGGAGGAGAGACCCACUAUCCCAGUAAUAGAUCUGCAAAAGUUUCCGGGAAAAUACGAGAAACUGUUUAGGGAGGCAUGCGAGGACUGGGGUUGUUUCAGAGUCGUGAAUCACAACAUACCCAUCUCGCUUAUGUCUGAGAUGAAGGAAGUGGUGAGGUCUCUGUUCGACCUUCCCACAGAAAUCAAGCAACGCAACACUGGUGCCAUCGCCGGCAGCGGCUACGUCGCUAGAAGCGAAGCAAACCCUCUUUACGAGGCAUUCGGGUUAUACGACAUAGGUUUCUCCCAAGCUGUGCAGGAAUUUUGUUCUCAACUUGAUGUCUCUUCUCAUAAAAGGAAGGUAAUCGAGUCUUAUGCUAAGGCAGUCAACGACCUGGCGAUGGAGAUUUCAAGAAAAUUAGCAGAAAGUUUAGGAUUGAAGGGAGAUUUGUUUGAAAAUUGGCCGAUCCAAUUCAGGAUUAACAAGUACCACUUCACCCCAGAAAGUGUAGGGACUUUGGGGGUUCAAUUGCAUACAGAUUCAGGGUUCUUGACCAUACUUCAGGAUGAUGAAAAUGUAGGUGGACUUGAAGUGAUGAACAACAAAUCUGGUGAAUUCAUUCAUGUUGAUCCAUUACCAGGAACAAUUACUGUCAAUUUUGGUGAUAUUGGGACAGCUUGGAGUAAUGGGAGGUUCUGCAAUGUGAAGCACAGAGUGAAAUGCCAGGGAGCAACAGUGAGAAUCUCUGUUGCUUCAUUUGUUUUAGGACCAAAGGAGGGUCCAGUGGAAGCACCAAAAGAGCUUGUGGAUGAUCAGAAUCCGAGACUCUAUGUUCCUUUUACCUGGGAAGAUUACAGGAGGCUUCGAUUGGAAACGAAAUCUCAUGCAGGUGAAUCUCUUGCUAACAUGCUUAUUAGUUCCCAGAGUGAAUGAGUAGUUCUGUUGUGGAACACUUGCAAUGCAAUCUCUGCAUUUGCAGGCCUGUGUUAUUGCCAUCAAUCUUAAAUAAAACCUUCAUUUUGGCUAUUAA